UUCCUUUGGAUUUUUCUAGAAUCGGUUUUUGCCUGCUGCAGCUCACAGGACUCCCUUGUGUUGACCUGCGUUAUUAUCCUGAUGUCUGUUAUGGUGACCACGAUAACUGGCCUCUCCAUCUCUGCCAUCGCCACCAACGGGAGAGUGAUCUCAGGUCCUGAAAUUGGUGCCCCAAUUGGGAUGCUCUUUUCCUUCGCCAACGCUCUGGCCUGUGCGCUCAACACCGUUGGCUUUUCAGAGGUGGUCCGGGAUCUAAUGCGGGAGUUUGAUGUUGUCAUUGUCGAUGACUUGAAUGACGUUCGUAUUGUGGGCGUGAUCACAGUGACUAUUCUUCUGCUCAUUUCAUUGGCUGGAAUGGAGUGGGAGUCCAAGACCCAGAUUUUGUUCUUUAUAGUUCUCUUGGUCUCGUUUGCCAACUACUUUGUGGGCACAAUCAUCCCACCCACUAAAGGGAAACAGGCCCAAGGCAUCUUUGGAUACAACAGUGAGAUCUUCAUAUCAAACCUGACACCAGAUUGGAGGGGGCCUGACGGAAGCUUUUUCCGGAUGUUUUCUAUUUUCUUUCCCGCUGCCACUGGCAUCCUGUCUGGAGUCAACAUCUGUGGCGACCUCAAAGACCCUGCUACUGCUAUACCCAAAGGCACCCUAGGGGCCAUUUUCUGGACUACACUCUCCUAUCUAGCCGUUUCUAUAACUGCUGCGUCGUGUGUGGUGCGGGACGCCUCUGGUAAUAUAGGUGACAUUCUGACUGGAAACCUCACUGGUGACUGUGUGGGUUUGGGAUGUAACUUCGGCGGGAACUUCACAGAGUGCAUUGUGUCACAGUCUUGUCAAUACGGUCUGGCCAACACUACAAAGACCCUGGGCCAACUAUCAGGUUGGUACUACCUCAUCACUGCUGGUGUCUUUGCAGCUAGCUUGUCGUCUGCUCUUGGCUUCCUCGUCUCCGCUCCUAAAAUCUUUCAGUGUCUGUGCAAAGACAAGAUAUACCCAUACAUCGGAGUCUUUGCAAAGGGCUAUGGGAAAAAUGAUGAGCCACUCCGUGCCUAUAUACUCUGCUUCAUCAUUGCUGUGGCCUUCAUUCUCAUUGGUGAGCUGAACACCAUCGCAGCCUUGAACUCCAACUUAUUCAUGUGUUCCUACUCCCUCAUCAACUUCAGUUGCUUUCAUGCUUCAUUCACAAACUCUCCCGGUUGGAGGCCGGAGUUUCAUUACUACAGUAAAUGGAUAGCUUUAUUUGGAGCAGUGGUUGCUGUGGUGCUGAUGUUCCUGUUUACCUGGUGGGCUGCUCUCUUCACCAUUAGCGUCCUUAUCCUCCUGUGUCUAUACAUCAACUACAACAAGCCAAAUGUGAACUGGGGUUCAUCAGUCCAGGCAGGUUCAUACAACAUGGCUUUGUCAGCCUCUGUCGCUCUAUCUGGUGUAGAGGAUCAUGUCAAGAAUUUCAGACCGCAAUGUCUGGUCCUGACUGGCCCACCGACCCAGCGACCAGCCCUGGUGGACUUUGUUGACUCCUUUACCAAACACACAAGCCUCAUGAUCUGUGGAGACAUAAUCAUGGAUAAGGACAGACGGACUCGGCCACAGGAGGCCACAGAUCGGUUGGUAAAGUGGAUGAACGAGAGGAAGGUGCGCUCCUUUUAUUCUCCUUUCACUGCUGACAGCCUCAGAGUUGGAGCUCGACAUUUGCUACAGGCUUCUGGUCUUGGCAAGCUGAAGCCCAACAUUCUGGUCCUGGGCUUCAAGUCAAACUGGAGGGACAGUUCUCCUGAAAGCAUUGAAGAUUAUAUUAAAACUAUAAAUGAUACCUUCGACACUAACUACUCUUUAUGUAUCUUGAGGAUGAUGGAAGGACUGGAUGUCUCUGACCAGUUUGAUUUUGAAGUGAACCAGGGUUUUGAGCCUGAUGAAUCUGUUGAAAAAGACAACCAGCAAUCUUCUGAGAAGAAACCCUCUGACAACAUCUCAGAUAAAGGCGACAGUGAUCAGAUCAAGACAGUGUUUCAGAAUGACCAGGGGAAGAAGACCAUCGACGUCUACUGGAUAGCAGAUGAUGGAGGUCUGACUCUACUGGUGCCUUACCUGCUCACCAAGAGGAAACGCUGGAGCCGCUGUAAAGUCAGGGUCUUCAUCGUAGGAGACGAACAAAACAUGGAGGAAAGCCGCAACGAGAUGCUUGCUCUUCUGAAACGGUUUCGUUUGGAUUUUAAUGAGGUUACAGUCAUGACGGACAGCGAGAAGCGUCCACAGGCCAAGAACCUUGAUAGGUUUGUGGAUAAUGUCGCCCCCUUCAGGCUAUAUGAUGAACAGUAUGAAGGCGUCGCCUCAUCGAAAAUAUCAGACAAAGAGUUUGAGGCCUUCAGACUUAAGUCUGAGACCAAAGUGAGGCUGAAUGAAAUCAUCCGGAGGAAUUCAGUAUACGCUGCUCUCGUAGUUGUGAGCCUUCCUGUGCCACACAGCGACUGCACUAGUGCUCUGUACAUGGCCUGGUUGGAUACUCUGACCUGUGGCCUCCACUGCCCUGUGGUGCUGAUACGAGGAAACCAGGAGGAUGUGCUCACUUUCUACUGCCAGUGAAUGAAAAGAUUUGACACUAAAUUAAGACACACUAACCUAAAGUCAGGGGGGGAAAUGAAAAUAUCCAUUCAAUGGUGCCAAGGGUUAAAAGAACUAUUAUAUUUGAAAAUUAGAGGCUGUGAAGGAGGAUAACACCAUGUAGUUACUUGCAUCACUGUCAUCAAGAUCAUAUUCAGGGUGAUGUGGAUUCAAACGUCAUCUUAGUCAGGCGCCCCUCUGACGCUAACCCCGACGAAGCCAUAACCGCUCCUGACUCUUUGUCAUUUACAAACUGAUUAAUUCCGACACCUUUAGCUUUUUAGAUACAAUCAAAUUGAUGUGUAUAAAAAGGCAUGCCAUCAUCAUGCCUAAUGACGCCCAAUGGCUGAAAAAGACUUGCUGGUAAAUGAGGAAAAGUGGCUCAUAAGCCGGUUCCCACUUCCUCGAGCUGUCCUGUUGAAUCUUUUUGCUGUUUGAGGCCCAGCGUUACAGAGAGGAGCACUUUGAGAAACCAUGGCAUUCCAGUCCCACUUCAAGGGGGCUAGGCUUCGGUGGUCCCUUUCUCGCCUGUGGCCAAAACACUUUCUCUAUGUAGCGCUUUUUUGCAUCAGCUUUAAUACCGGACCAUUUCUUUUUAAUUUCGGCCAUGGUCCGACCUUCCAAAGGCUGUGGCAUAACUGCACAAGUUGCCACUCUACAGCCUUUUUGGCAUUAGUAAUGCCCUCAUUGUGCCCUCCAAACAUAUUAACCUCUUUUCCACCUUCCCAAAAAGAACUACAACUUCACAUUGAGUGAAAUUCCUUUGUAUUGAUUGUUUGAUUAAUUUACUCACUUUGUUUGCAGUGGUGUGAUGUUGACAUUAUGUAGGAAUCUGGGUUCAUUGAAAGGCAUUCUGGGAAAUCACAACCUAAAGGGGAGAGAUAUGAAAUUACUAACAGACUUUCUAACAGCAGAUUUUAAAUUGAGGGAAGAUUACUGAGGAUGUGAUCCUGUAACAGGUUUUAAUGUCUGCAGAUUCUGAUUCAGCUGAAUGAUCACUAUUUUGUGUGUUUCUUUUAAAGUGUGGAUCCUCUUUUCAUCUUUUGAGGUUAUAUUUAGUUUUCUGUAUAAUUCAAAACUUGUAGUUUUCACCUGUAUUUAAGGCACCAAAAGGAAUAAAUGCAGCGAUCUACAGUAUAAAGGUUUGAUUUUACUUCCCUGUAUUCAAUAUGGAACAUUUUAUUCCUUUUUAUUAAGUUUUGGUUUGUGCUGAGGCGGCUCAGUUUUUUUACCCAG